GAGGGCAAGGUAUAUAAUCGCGCGGUACAUUCAGCAGUAUCGUUGCAGUUAAUUUUAUUAAAAUGAUACAAAACAUCCAUUAACGUUCAUGAAGUACAGAAGUUAUUCUGCAGGAAAAGGCUGAAAAAACACUCAGACAGUUUUUUUAGUCCAUCCUCAGCACUAUGAACUUUGGUGCAGUAUUCUUUUAGUGCAGUGUGGGAAAAGAAAGUAUCGGCAUGUUUAAAGCCAAAUUAAACAGCUGAAUUCGGAGAAUUACUUUCCUUAGGCAAAGCUCUGCGUGUGCUUACAAACACUGGCAGUACUGACGUUUUGGACCAUUCAAAUUCGCCGUAGCCGUUACAUGCAUUGUUUCAACCGUUGAACUAAGACAGCAAAGUUAUUCCACACGGUAUCUAUCAAGUCUUCUUCAAAGCAAGAAGGGGGAUCAACAUGCCAUUCCUGAGAGCUGCUCUGAGCUUCCCUGUGCUGCUGCUGCUGCUGCUGCCGCCGGGGACCGAGGCAUCCGGGGGUACCUGGUGCUAUGCUACCCAGGAUGCCACAUGUGGUCCUGCGCACUGGAAAGUCUUGGAUCAUCAGUGUGGAGGUGCAAAUCAGUCUCCAAUUAAUGUUGACCGCAAGACAGCCAGAAGGAACAGUGAGUUAGGUGCAUUUGUUUUCAAGGGUUACAACACGGCCCCAGCAGGGGCCUGGUCAAUUGCAAACAGUGGACAUGCAGUGCAGGUGAACCUUGGAUCAGACAUCUCUGUGAGCGGGGCAGGCCUGCCUGCAGUAUACAAUGCUUUACAGUUUCAUUUCCACUGGGGCAAGCCGAAUGGGAAUGGGUCAGAACACCAGCUGGAUGGAAAUCAGUAUCCAAUGGAGAUCCAUAUUGUCCACAUGCAUUCCAAAUAUACCGAUAUAAAAGAUGCUGCGACAGACCCCAAUGGGUUAGCAGUGUUGGGUUUCUUCUACAAGGUGUCCGACACGGAUAACACAAACUACAACACCAUUAUCGAUGGAUUGCAGAGUGUUAGUUAUAGUGGUGAUUCAGUGGAUUUGGCCUCUACAUUCCGUUUGGACAGUCUGCUUCCUUCGGAAAACCUCCUGAGCAGAUACUACCGGUACAGGGGCUCUCUCACCACUCCAGGCUGUGCUGAGGCGGUUAUCUGGACUGUGUUUGAGGAUCCCAUCCCCAUUAGCAGCUCCCAGUUAAGUGCCUUUGUGAACUCUGUGCAUUUCUCAGCCAGUGGGCAGACUGAAGUGAAAAUGCAAGACAACUUCCGCCCUGUUCAGGCUUUGAACCGUCGCAGGAUUUAUGCUUCAAAGCAGGCUAGCAUGAGCAGCGGCGCUAUUCCUGCCCUUUCUAUUGUCCUGCUCCUUUUUCCUUUACUGGCCAUCAGGCUGCUGUAAACGCUGUCUUGAUCACAAACCAAUAUUUGUAAAUGCUGUUUAUGCAGGUCAGUAAACCUGUUGAACUUUGUUGGAAGAAGGAGCCACAUCAAAUUUUACAUUUUAAACAGUUUUAUAGUAUAAGUUUUUUUUAAAUGUGUGCAUAUUAUAUAAUUAGAUAUUAGGAAUACACAACUGUACAUAUGUUUUUUAAUUAAAGGAAAGUCUAAUGUAGAUGUUUUUUUUUUAAAAAAAUUCUCCAUGAUGCACUGUCUGCAAGUGAAAAUAAAAGUAAUUAAAUUG